ACACUCAGAUUAUUACUAUUUUGACAAAUAUGCCUUACACACUUGUUACAAUUUUUAUUGUUAACUUGUAUCAUUAAAAUAUUUUCAUUGCAUUUUUCAUUAGAUAUAUCAAAAGAUUAUGAACGAAGUGAUUAAACAAAAGAAGACUGGAACAAGUGGGGUACAAUGGCGUAUUUUGGUAGUUGAUCAACUGGCCAUGAGGAUGGUAUCAGCGUGCUGUAAAAUGCACGAUAUCAGUGCUCAAGGCAUCACCUUGGUAGAAGAUAUCAACAAAAAACGGGAACCGUUACCUACCAUGGAGGCGAUCUACUUGAUCACACCAUGCAAUUCGUCUGUCCAAAAGUUGAUCGAAGACUUCAGCAAUCCUACUAGAACUAUUUACAAAGUAGCACAUGUUUAUUUCACGGAAGUGUGUCCGGAGGAGCUGUUCAAUGAACUCUGCAAGUCUCUCGCCGCUAAAAAGAUCAAAACCCUGAAAGAGAUCAACAUCGCUUUCCUGCCUUACGAGUCGCAGGUUUUCUCUUUGGACUCGCGUGAAACGUUCGCUUGUUUUUAUAACGCUUCCUUCUCCAACUUGAGAACAGCCAAUAUGGAAAGAAUAGCUGAACAGAUCGCGACGCUUUGUGCUACUCUCGGAGAAUAUCCAUCAGUUAGAUAUCGAAGCGAUUUCGAUCGAAAUGUUGAGCUGGCACAUAUGGUUCAACAGAAAUUGGAUGCUUACAAAGCGGAUGAACCGACGAUGGGCGAAGGACCUGAGAAAGCACGCUCCCAAUUGCUUAUCCUAGAUAGAGGAUUUGACUGUGUCUCUCCACUGUUGCAUGAAUUAACGCUGCAAGCUAUGGCGUACGAUUUGUUAGAUAUUGAUAAUGAUGUCUACAGAUUCGAAGCUUCAGCGGGGGUACAAAAGGAAGUAUUAUUGGAUGAAAAUGACGAUUUAUGGGUAGAGCUUAGACAUCAACAUAUUGCUGUAGUUUCACAGAAUGUUACUAAAAAUUUAAAGAAAUUCACAGAAUCAAAAAGAAUGCCACAAGGAGACAAACAGAGCAUGAGAGACCUUUCGCAAAUGAUCAAAAGAAUGCCACAGUACCAAAAGGAAUUGAGCAAAUAUGCAACACACUUGCAAUUAGCAGAAGAUUGUAUGAAACGUUAUCAAGGGAAUGUAGAUAAACUGUGCAAAGUGGAACAAGAUUUAGCAAUGGGUACAGACGCCGAGGGAGAACGUAUUAAAGAUCAAAUGAAAAAUAUUACCCCGAUUUUACUUGACCAAACAGUACAUCAUUUAGACAAAUUACGAAUUAUUGCGCUGUAUGUUAUUAGUAAAAAUGGUAUUUCCGAAGAGAAUCUGAACCGCCUAGUUCAUCAUGCCCAAAUAUCUGCUGACGAUAAACAAACUAUAGUAAACAUGGCAAAUCUUGGUAUCAAUAUAGUCGUAGACGGUGGAAACCGCAGAAAAUUGUAUACCGUACAACGUAAAGAAAGAAUUACAGAACAUACUUAUCAAAUGAGUCGUUGGACUCCAGUUAUGAAGGACAUUAUGGAAGAUGCUAUUGAAGAUAAACUUGAUUCUAAACAUUUCCCUUUUUUGGCUGGACGAGCAGCAAGCUCGGGAUAUCAUGCUCCAACUAGCGCAAGAUACGGACAUUGGCACAAAGACAAAGGUUCGCAAACCAUUAAGAACGUACCACGACUAAUCGUUUUCGUUGUUGGUGGUGUUUGUUUCUCUGAAAUACGAUGCGGUUACGAAGUUACAAAUGCUUUAAAAAAUUGGGAAGUGAUUAUUGGAUCAUCGCAUAUAAUCACACCAAAAUCCUUCUUAGAUGACCUGAGUAAACUUCACGUAUAAAGAAACUUUUAUGUUGUAAACAAAAUAAAGACAUGUUCCCGCAUUCCUAAUAUGCCAUUAGCUUCGGUUCCGUCAAUAAUAAAAGCCACGAAAUAUUCAUGGAUGAUCUCGAAUUACGAUUAAAGUAUAAGAUAAGGAACAUACAGUCAAUUGUUUAAGUCGAGUAGUUAGUUAACGACUAAUUAAAAACAUUGAAGAAUACGAAGAAUGGCAUGCCAUAUAUAUCAUAUGGCCAGAAUGUAGAUGGCGGCAGGAGGAAAAUAUAUCCGGUGUUAAGUGCCUGCACGUGGCCUGCACGAAUAAAAAAAUUAAUAUAGAAUGAUUAAAUCUGUUGGCAAUAUCGAUGCUAAUCGUACGGAGAUGCUUAAUGGUAAUUUAGGCUCGCGAUUGUCUUGCUCGGAUAUCGUAUGUUAUUCCAUGUCAUAUUGUCCCUUUGUUGAUAAUACACGUUUAGCAGAGAAAUUUGAUGUAUUGUAAUGGAGAAUCGUGAUAUUCGUGUUCAAGUUUCUCGUUAUUAGUAUCUUUUUUAUCUCGCGCUUCAAAAGUUGUUCAUUGUUACAUUAUGAUAAAGAAGACAUAGCCAAUUUUGUUUACAAAGUCAGUAUUUCUUCUUCAAUUCAUAUGAGAAUUGAGUAUAUUAUAUACUUUAGUCAUAUUGAUUUCAGUAAAAUAUAAUUUAAUGAAACUAAACGAUGGCAUUGAUAUUUAUUUUAUAAGUGGUUAAAGUUAUUAAAAUAUCUUUAAAGAUACAAAUGUUUAUUAAAAUAUCUUUAAAGAUACAAAUGUUUAAGUAUCUUGCUGUACAAUAAAGCGGUAGAUAUACAUUUAGUUAUUUAUUAUACUUUUGUUGUAUUAUCGAUUUAUUGCUAAACAAGUGCAUUUCAAUGGCAUGUAUAUAUAUAUAUAUAUAUAUAUAUAUAUAUAUAUAUAUAUAUAUAUAUAUGUGUGUGUGUGUGUGUGUGUAUUAAAUUAUACAUAGUACAAAUGCGGCUAUUAGUUUAUCUUAAAGCGUGCAUUUAUUUCAAUUUAAAAACUGUCCAACUAUAAAAGACUUCUAGCUGUUUCAUUCGUAAAGUAAAAGUUUUACUAUAUCGUUAAGUAUAUACAUGUUGAAACUUCUGCUGCAUAUACAAAGCAAUUGUAUAUCACUUUCGAUUGGUGGAAGUUAGUUAGUCUGUUAACGAUCAUAAUGAUUAUCGAUGUGCGUUAUUAUUGCGAUUACUUAGCGGUGAGAUUACUACAAAAUUUACGGUACUGAUUAUUAUAUAAUAUAAUAUAUAUAUGUGUAUAUAUAUAUAAUAUAUACAUAUACCUAUGUGUAUGUAGAUUGUAGUCUAAACAAAAUGUUCUGCUUAUAAAGGCCUACAUUUCGAUCCAA